AUGGAUGCAUUCUGGGAAGUCGUCUCCUUCUGGACUCUUCAAUCGAUCAUCCUAAUAUCAAUAACAUUCUUUUGUGGAUCAAAUAAGGUAUAAGGACAUCUUGAAUCGGAUUAAAUAAUUAUAUUUUAUUUUUUGCGGGAACUUUCUUGUAUUUAGAAAUCCAAACCUCCGGCUACUACUCCAAAUGGAGGGAUUCCCACUGCUCCCAAUCAGCCAAAUCCAAACGAUCCAGGCAAAAAAAGUGAAAAUGUUCCAGGCAAAGGUGAAGAGGAGAAAAAAUCGAAAAAAGAUGGAGACAAAAAGGAGAACGAAAAGAAAGAAGAUAAGGGAAAAAAGGAAGAAAUGAAAGAGCAGAAAAAAGAAAACAAAAAAGAUGACAAGGACGUAAGAGCAGAUCCAUUUACUAAACGUAACAUUCCAGAAGCCCCGAUCUGCCGUCGCUGUUCCCACAGUGAGGCCAGCCCCAAACACGGACAAAGGAGGAGACAACGAAAAAAAUCUGGUCUCGAAUCCAAUCGUCAGCAAUGUCACCGAAUUGGUAAACAUUUUAUAGUCUUCGUUUUGUUAUUUAUAAUAUUUUACAGUAUCCCACAGUGGUCAAGAAUGUGGAAGAUCUGCCCAUUGAGAAGACCCAAGCGUCCGUUCAAAAUUCUGCAAAGAAAUGA